CACCGCUGCGUUGUGCGCGCGUCAAUAUCUGUAAAGCACCUCCUUCUUUCGCUGAAGAAGUCUCAUCUCCUCAGAUCAGCAGUUGCUCCCUCACAGGAGAGACAGCAUCAGCUCCUCAAACAAGCAGUUGGUCCCUUACCGGAGAGCACAGCACACCUCCUCAAACAAGCAGUUAGUCCCUCACUGACGAGGAUAAGAGCGGCGGAAGAUCGGCGCCAGCAGUGAACACGGUUUUACAGGUUCAACAGUUCUGAACCACAUGAGAAAACGCUAUGAGACACCUUGAGAACAAAUAAAAAUUGCUUUUGUGGAAAAGAAUCUUAUAUUGGACAAUCCUUUGCCUCCUCGCCUCCCUGGAGUUUAAUUGCAAAACCCAGCAAGACUUCCUCAAAUCAACCAACACACUUUUAAAGAGAAACUGCAGCAAGCCAGAAAUAAAUAACAGUCUGUUUGCUCUCAGCUGACUAAUGGCGAUGCAUAGCGCUUAUCUUAACAACACCUCUAAGGCUUCACUUUGGGACGAGGAUGAUUGUGCGCCAUCCCUCAGCAGCACCACUUUUCUCAUCGUGGCCUACAGCGCAAUGCUAGCGGUGGGCUUGGUGGGCAACACUUGUUUGGUUUUGGUUAUCACACGACAGAAAGAGAUGCGUAACGUGACCAACAUCUUCAUCGUGAACCUCUCGUGCUCUGAUAUCCUGGUUUGCCUCGUGUGUUUACCGGUCACCAUUAUCUACACGCUUAUGGAUCGAUGGAUUUUGGGCGAAACUUUGUGCAAGGUGACGCCGUUCGUCCAGUGUACGUCUGUGACGGUUUCCAUCCUCUCGAUGGUUCUCAUCGCCCUGGAGAGACAUCAACUCAUCAUCCACCCGACCGGAUGGAAACCAGUCGUCAGACACUCUUACCUGGCCGUAGCGCUUAUCUGGAUAGUGGCGAGUUUUAUCUCCCUUCCUUUUCUUUCGUUUCAAAUCCUCACGAUAUCUCCCCUGCACAACCUCAGCCUACCGUUCAACCCCUUCAGCAAUCAAUUCAUCUGUAUCGAGCAAUGGCCGACGGGAGGUUAUCGGCUAGUUUAUACCACCUCGCUACUGCUGUUCCAAUACUGCCUACCGUUGGCACUCAUUGUAGUCUGUUACUUCCGAAUAUUCCUGCGCCUGAGUCGGCGCAAAGACAUUGUUGAAAGGACCCGAGGUGAACGGCAGAAAAAGGCCAAAGGUUCGAAGCGAAUCAACGCCAUGUUAGCCUCAAUCGUAGCGGCGUUCACGCUGUGCUGGUUGCCGCUAAAUGUCUUCAAUACAGUUUUCGAUUGGAACCACGAGGCAAUGCCGACGUGCCAGCAUGACACUAUUUUCUCAGCUUGCCACCUCACUGCCAUGGCGUCGACGUGCGUUAACCCUGUGAUCUACGGAUUUUUGAACAAUAACUUUCAGAAGGAGCUAAAAUCAUUGCUUUACCGAUGUCGCUGCUGCGGGUCGCCCGAGAGUUACGAAAGCUUUCCUCUGUCCACUGUCAGCACAGGCGCUACAAAGGGGUCUAUCCUUAGCAAUGGCUCUGUUUGUAUCAACACCUAUCAACCACACAAGAAAAACAGUUUCGAACAGAAAGAGAUUGUUUAAACAGUGCUGAAUAGACUAUAAUGCAAUGUAUAUAUGACAGCAGCAUCACGCUUCAAAAGACUGAAUCCCAAUUUGGAGCAAAGAAGUCCUUAAACCCAUUAAAGACAAGUUUAGUCUGACCGGGCUUUGCCGAAGAGGACCAAUUUCCAAUGAACCUUUCUGUAAAUGUAUAUUAUUGACUGUGAUGAAUAUUCAACUUGUUGGCCUAUGUCGGUAAGUAUUCUCAGUAUUGAUGCACAGAGUGAUUCUUCAUGAGAUAUGUUGAAAUAUGUACAAAGUAGUUAAAGGUCUUCUAUUGUUAUCUUUGUUCAGAUUAGGCCUGUGUAAAAAUAUGAGACAUAGUGGUAGCAACAAAAAUUGACUGUUGUGGUUUACUAUUAAGGUACGGGCAGAACUAGCACUGUGUGUAUAAUAUGUAGUUUUAUAAUACAGUUACAUUUAUAAUGUAGUUAACUGAACCUGGUUUGUAUAAGUUUUACGUUCUUGCAACAUUUCAAACUAAUAUGUAAUGCUAUGCUACGUAAUUUAUCCUGAAUGUUAAAGCUGCAAUCUGUAACUUUUGCCCCACAAAAUUGCAGGUUGCUUUACAUCACGGCCUGGUCAACUGGCGGCCCUAAUUUAAAAUCAGCGUGGUUACUUUAAAGGCGCCUUUCCAGUGUACAUGACAAAUGACAUCCAAAAAACCGUAAAGGGUGAUGCGUGAGUUGAUCCAAAAUGAGCAGUUGUCUGUGGUCACCCGCGGUUACCCAAUGUUACGAGUCAUCGAAAAAUAUUUUUUAUGAUAUUCCGGUUGCGGUCGGUCCGGUUGUUUGAAAUAAAGAUGCCAAUUAACUAUUUUAAACAAUUACUACUUUAAAAAAAAUGCGGGCCAGGAAGCGGGUCGGGUACAAUAUCUUUUUUUUUUGCGGUCCGAGUUGCGGGCAGGUUAGUUGAAAACGUUGGUCGGAUGUGGGUUGUUUAUACAUUGACCCGCACAUCACUGAUGCCAACCCUCUGCAGGUGCGUAAUUUUGCUUUGGAUGCAUACAAAAAAACAAACUUGUGCGACAACACCACCUGUGACACACAGACAGAAAGUAAUGUAUUUUUGUAACACUGUGCAAGGUAAAAAUGAUUAAUCCUUUUUUGUUUAACUUUAUCAGUAACAUUUGAUACUUAAAGGAACAGUAUGUAAGAAAUGUGUAUUAAUUAAUCAUAAAAUGGCCCUGAUAUGUCACUAGACAUUAAGAAAUCAUUUUCAUUUCAAAUACUUAUAUCACUCACAACAGUGGUCUGGCCAGGAUAUAGUCAUUUAAAAAGUGGAGUUGCAGCCCUCAACUGAUGUUUAUGUUGUCAUGUUGUGUAUUGGCCACCAGUUGUGUGAUUGCAGUACCAGUUUUAGCCACAAGUUUUGUGAUUGCAAUACCAGUUAUGGCCACAAUCCUACAUACUGUUCCUUUAAUGAUAAAUUAUUAAAUAUAUUCAGCCCACCUCACGCAACCCCUUUGCGACUCUCCAUUGGAAAUGAAUGACUUCCGGCUUAUCGGCCGUAGUUUGUCGUGUGCAGUGGAAAGGCGGCUUAACCCUAACGUCAGGUGACAUAUAAAAAAAUAAAUCAGAAAAAAUUGUAUAAACCAAUAUAUAAAGUGACAUUCUAAAACAAGCACCAAAUCUAACCCUAAACCGAAGCGACAAUGGUUUAAAAAUAGGAAAAAGCAGUUGACUAACCAAUACGUGAUAAUCACACAAAAACAGGAAUUCGUUAUACGAUUACGAAAAAAAACGGAAAUUCGUGAUGUUUUCACGAAAAAGAAUCAAAAAAUUACGUGACUAAAUCAUGAAACCUCGUGAGACUGGGUAGAUAUAUUCGUAGAUUAAAGGCUCUUGCACUGGAAUGAGCUUAUCUCCUAUGUUGACACAGAUUUAUGAUUAAACUGAAAUGUCAUUACGACUGCCAAUAGGGGGCGAACUCUGACAGUCGUGUCUGAAUGUCGUAUACAGUGGAAGGGCGGUUUAGCUUACAUAUCUUUAAAAUAUUAAAAAAGAAAACAUAAAGUGCAAUUUUAGUCAAUAGGAGAAGACUAACUAUAUGUUGUGAAUACUUGAAAUGUAACAAUUUAUAAAAGUUAAACAGCUAUUAAAGGAACAGUAUGUAAGAAAUUUUUAUCAAUUAAUCAUAAAAUGGCCCUGAUAUGUCACUAGAUAUUAAGAAAUCAUUUUCAUUUUAAAUACUUAUAUCACUGACAACAGUGGUCUGGCCAGGAUAUUGUCAUUUAAAAAGUGGAGUUGCAGCCCUCAACUGAUGUUUAUGUUGUCAUUUUGUGUAUUGGCCACCAGUUGUGAGAUUGCAGUACAAGUUUUAGCCACAACUUUCGUGAUUGCAAUACCAGUUUUGGCCACAAUCCUACAUACUGUUCCUUUAACAAAAGGGGCGGUUUCCCGGACAGGGAUUAGACUAGUCCUAGACUAAAAUAAAUGUAAGAGCUGUCCAAACUGAAAACAACUUGCACUGACAUAUCUUUAAAUACAUCAGUGACCUUUGUUUUGCCUCAAAAUGCAAUGAUAUGUUUUUAGUAAGGCAUGUCUUUUUUUUAAACUAGUUAUAUUUCCUAAUUAAACUAAGGUCUAGUCUAAUCCCUGUCUGGGAAACCACCCCAAGACGUUUAAGAGUUCUGCAUUACAGUUAGUGGUAUAAAUAAUACAUAUAAUAGGUAAAAUUAAAAAAAAUGUAUAAAAGGUAAAAAUAGGGGUAAAAAUUUGGCCCGCAUCAUAUUUACAUUUUUAAAAUCUUGCCCUCGAAGUAGAGUAGUUGAAGACCCCUGCUUUACAUACUUAAGCUUGGAGGAUAGUACGU